CAUUGCAAUGGCUGCAACCUAUGGAAUUUGAAGGGCUCAUUCAAUUUACUCUUUGAAUCGAAGCAUAAUUUCGAAAUUUUCUUGAACAACAUACAUUAUUCGUGAUAAUCUUAUUAGAAAGCAAGGUUUGAAUAUCAAGAAAAGCUGUGUAGAGGAAGAUACUAAAGUCACCAAAUCAAUCACCAUGGCAACAGUGACAGAUGUGGUAACUAGCCAACAGGUGGCUGGUCUAGUCGGCAACAUGGCUGACUCACUGGAGCCCACAGAGUUACCUAAUGAAACAGAUGGGACACUAAACAGUAAUGGUGUGGACAGAGAGGAUGGUGAUCUCAUAGAGGGCUCAGCUGUACAGGUACCCAGCAAUACACCUGUCACAGGUGACUCUGGUCAAUGCUCACCAGCCAUGCAGAGCAGCACAGACAGCCUAACAGAAGAGCUCCAGCCCCAGUCAGAGACCCCCCUGACAGAGACCCCCCCACCAGUGUCUGACCCUGUGACCCCCACUGUAGACAGUGACCAGAAACCCACCCCCAAUGGACCUGUGUCAGACAACAAAACUAAGCUGGCUAAAGAAGUGAAGAGGGAAGAGAAGAAGAAAAGCAAGAAGAAGGAAGACAAGAGUAUAGAUUACAUCUUACGUGCCCUCAACAGCUUACAGACACCUGAAGAAAAGUUGGCUGCGCUGUGCAAGAAGUAUGCUGACCUGCAUGAGGAGCACCGAGUCCUUCAGACUUCCUUCAAGACCCAGCAGAGAACCAUGGCUGUGGUGAUGAGAGAGAAGGACCAACUCCAGUCAGAACAUACAAAAGCUAUCAUGGCCAAGUCCAAACUGGAAUCUCUGUGUCGUGAACUCCAGAAACACAACAAGGUUAUCAAGGAUGAAAGUAUUAAAAGAGCCAAAGAGGAUGAUGAAAGGAGAAAAGAAAUUUCUGCCCAAUUUAAUCAAACCAUAGGAGAGAUCCAGACCCAGAUGACAGAUAACAGUGAGAGAAAUGCCAAACUCAGGCAGGAGAAUGAGAACCUGGCGGCUCAACUCAGGGCCUUCAUCAAGCAGUGCGAGGUCAGAGAUCUGCAAGUAGAGAAGCUGAGAGAACAACAUGAGCUGGAGAAAAAGUUGGCCGAGGCCAAGAUGAACCAGGCCCAGGCCAUCCUGAAGGAACAUGAAGAAAAGUCCAUCAAAGAGAAGGAACUGAUGCUGCUCAAACUAGCAGAGUCAGGCAAGAAAACUCAGAUCCUGGAAACUCAGGUGAACAUGUACAAGGAGAGAUAUGACGAGUUUGAAAAACUCCACACACGCAGCAGUGAGACCUUCCAGAAGUACAAGACUGAGAUGGACAAGAUGACGAAGAGAAUAAAAAAACUAGAGAAAGAUGGAGUCCAGUGGAAGACAAAGUGGGAGGGAUCUAACAAAGCUCUCAUUGAACAGAUUGAGGCUAGGUCCAAGUCUGAGAAGGAUUGUCUGAUGUACAUCCAGAAAACCAAAAAGUUGGAAUCUCUGUGUCGAGCCCUGCAGGCAGAGUUACAUGGGAAAAAGGUGGAGCCCCCACCACAAGACUCCAGUUCAGCAGAAAGCCAGGUGCAGGGAGAGCCCUCGUCUGACCAGGCACCGGCAGAUCCCUCGUCAGAUUCAUCAAGUCAGUCACCUGCUGGACCAGGUGAACAAGCAACUGUUGAGCCACCUGCAGCCAGCACCACAACACCUGUCUCCACACCUGACACCUCCCUCUCAUUACCUGCACCACCACCAGAUACACCAGCAUCCAUGGAUAUUUCUUCCUCGAACAGUGACACAGCUGUCAGCCAAGGGGACAGCAAUACAGACUCUAUACAGCAGAGCAAUCAAGUUUUAUCUGACGUUGCUGCGUGAUAAUUCACGUGUUGUGUGGCUGUGUGACUGCAUGCAUGUGGUGCUGUUGUCUGUUGCAAAUGGUGUGCAUGCAGUUCCCCCCCUUUUCCCAAGCAUUCAUCUUUUCUCUUGUUGUGUAACCUAGCAUUAGGCUGUAGUGCUCUUCUUUUGCUGAAUUUUUUGCUCUUUGACUCAUGCUGAACCUGGUAUCAUGGUCUUUCACAUUUAGUUCGACACAUGUAAAAUUCAUAAAACAUUGCGAGGAACUAUUUAAAAAAAAACCUUUGAAUGUUUCAUUAAUCAGCUAAUGUCUAGUUUUAUACUGAUGUGAAAUCAUCGUGAUUCCUGCGAAUGACUUAGUGAUACAGAAGAUACUCCAUUAUUUUAUCCCUAGCCCCAGUGUUUGCUUUACUAACCCUUCUGUUCUAACCACAGCUUAUCUCUUAUUUGAAUCCUUCCAUUGAACAGUUUAAAAAAAUAUUUUUACAUGUGUCAAUGUUGGCCAUAAUAGCAGUUGUAGUGGAAUGUGGAUCUCAGCUUAAUCUUUUUUUAAGACCACUUGGUCAGGGAAUGUAAGGCCUACAAUUACUUUGAAUUAAAAUGUAGGCUGCAGUAUUUUUUUAAAUUAAUUAUAAGCCAUUUAAAUCAAUUUGUUGUCUCUGGGGGUCUAUAUGAUGGGGCUGUGUUAAAACUAUUGUAUAGGGCUGUUGAGAAUAUUUUAUUUAUUUAGCUGUUCAACUGAGAAACCAUGUUUAUUGUUCAGUACUGAAAUUAAAAUCUUGUAUAUAUUCAUACUCUGUGAAAUAAAACAAUUGUAUACAUUUUUUUAUACUUUGGGCCAUCAAAUAAAUCACUGCCUGGCUUUU